UCCUCACAUUCCAGGCCUGCUGAGACUUCCCCUAAAAUCCUUCAAAAUGGAGCUGCCUCUACCUCAUACAGCAGUGUACUCUUUCAAAAGCUCCAUGCUAAAACCCCGAAUUUUAAUAGUUUUCCUCUCUAUGGUUUUGUUCACAACCAUGCUGGGCCUGCUGCAGCUGAAAUUCUUAAAAGCCAAAGUCAAAGACUUUUAUUCUUUCGAAGUGAAAGAUAUAAAGGGGAGAACUAUUUCCUUGGAGAAGUACAGAGGCAAAGCAUCUCUGGUUGUAAACGUGGCUAGUCGCUGUCAGCACACAGACAAAAAUUACAUCAUGCUGCAGGAACUGCACAGAGAGUUUGGGCCCUCUCACUUCACAGUGCUGGCCUUCCCAUGCAAUCAGUUUGGGGAGUCGGAGCCCGGCACAAACCAAGAAAUCAGUGCAUUUGCCAAAGCGAAUUAUGGAGUCACUUUCCCCAUUUUCAACAAAAUAAAGGUUCUGGGAUCGGAAGCAUUGCCAGCAUUUAAAUUUGUAAUAGAGUCCUCCAAGAAACAGCCUAGGUGGAACUUCUGGAAGUAUCUCAUCAGCCCGGAAGGUAAAGUUGUGAAAUUCUGGAGACCUGAGGAGCCCAUAGAAAGCAUCAAGCCAGAAGUAGCCGCCCUGAUUAGGCAGAUCAUUGUGAAAAAGAGAGAAGACCUGUGAAAAGCCAGCGUGCUGCCUGGCAAAGUCUCUUAUCACUACAUCUCCACAUGGCUUCAGUACCUUGCUGCUCAAUAAUGGCACAAUCUAGAGAAUCUGGAUCUUUUCUGGUGAGGACGUUUCAAUGCCACCUUGGAUAUACAACUGCAACUUGUUAUGCUGUGCAAGAACUGAGACCAGAAUAUGGCUCAUUCCCUGUUUAAAAGUGCAUAACUAAGGGAGCACUAGCCGUGAUUCAUUCCUGCAAAACAUGAGAGGCAGGCAAAGGACUACAACGUGCCUUCCGCCACACAUGAACAGCAGAGGAGGCAGUGCAGAGUCCUUCCUUAUGCAUUUCAUCUGCUACACUAAUAGAAUUUCAGCUACUGUUUACAAGAUAAAAGAGUUAGAGAACCUCACUUGUUUUUUUGAAGUCAGAAGGAAAAAGUAGGUAAGGGGUGAGCCCUACCUAGGCCUAUGUGUUGCCUGCGCCCCAGUUCCAUUCGUCAGUGGAAUUAUUCCAAGCUUUAUAGAGAGUGGGGGAUUCCUAUAAUUCUUUGACCAUGUCUUGGCUCACAAAACAAGGAAUAAUAAUAAUAAUAAUAAUAAACUUUAAUUUGCAUCCCGCCCUCCCUGCCGAAGCAGGCUCAGGAAGCAGCUGAGGUGCAUAGGGAAGGACUCCUUGGAAUGAAGACUAUGCAGAGGCCCAGAUCUCGGGUACCAUGUUGAAUCCUAAGGCCACCAGGUGCCUAUCUCUAAGGUAAUUGCAAGAAGUACCCUUCAUUUUGUCAAGUUAUUUAAAAAUGCUAUUUGCCAAACUUGAAGUAAGACCAGAAAUUUUCCAGCCAAUCACUCUGUUUAACAACGGCAGUAAAUGGGCACAUUGUGAAAAACGCCUUCAAAAUGUAAAUAUUGUUAUUAAGAUGUCUUACUUUAAAAUGGAAAAAGCAAA